AUGUUGCGGCGAACAAGAAGAGCACCAAACGCUUGCUCUUGGUGUCAUCAUCGGAAAGUUCGAUGCGAUGCCUCAAUACUUGGAUCUCCAUGCACUCGAUGCCGACAGGAUGGUCGCCGAAGUUGUACGCUUCGCUCGAAAGCAACAAAACAGUCAGAUUUACCUCAAAUUCCAUUGAAAAGCUAUGCUAACAUAUGUUACAGAUACAAAACCCCAGAUCACCCAGAAGUUCCUACAACUCGUGAAGGCCAGAGUGAAGUGAUAUUCAGUCCCCUUGACGACCAGAGCUUCCCAGCUCCAACCCGAAGACGCCAACCAUCUAUUGAAACACAGCAUGAUGAUUUUAAUCGAUUCAGCUAUACCUCGCCAUCACAAUGCUCCAAUUUUUCCCACAAAGAGUACAAUUUCAUUGAUAUCGACCAGUUGUUAUCACUGUCGCCCGAGAACACGGCGAUUCUCGACUGCAAGGGGUGUUUAAGCCUACCGGACCAGAACGCAAUGGACGAAUUUGUGCAGCAUUACUUCAGAAGAAUUCAUCCACUUGUCCCUGUGCUUGAUGAAGCUGAGUUUUGGCGCUCUUAUGUGAACCCUGGCACCGGUCGCAAAGUAUCACUCUUUGUGUUCCAGUCAAUGCUUUUCGCAAGCUGUCCGCUGGUUUGUUUGACAACUCUGCGUCGGUGCGGAUUCAGAAGUAGGAGAGAUGCCCGGAAGAAACUCUACAACAGAGCUAAGUUACUAUUCGAGAUGGCAGCUGAGAAAACCUGCCAUGCAAAUGCGCAGGGGGCUGUUCUGCUCUCGCAUUACACUUCGGCAGAAGUCCCUCGGGCCGGGAGUCUAUGGCUCACAAGAGCUAUCGAAAAUACCAUACGAAUUAAUGCUCGACCAUCCCUGCGGCCAGAAAAUGUGGAUGAGUCACUUAAAAAGCGCCUCUGGUGGUCGAUCCUGCUUCGCGACCGAAGUAUUUGUAUUGGCCUGCGCCGUCGUCCACAAAUCACCUCGAGCGCCUUCUUUGGAAGCAAGGAUUUGCCGAAGACAGAAGACUUUGAAGAAGAAAUGCAAAAUUCUCGUGUUUACGAUUAUGGAACCAAGCAGAGCCUGUUCAUGGCGUUCCGGCAACAAUGUGAAUUAGCUGCGCUUCUGACCGACUUGUCAUCUUUGGUUUUCGAUACAUCACAGACCAGAAAACCUUCGCUUUCCUUCAUUGAUUUUCAAAACUUGAUGUCAACUAUCAGAACGAUCAAGCAGUCACUCAGCACUUGGGAAGAAUCCGUCCACUCCGCUAUCCCCCAGAGUCUGACUCCGGAAAGCGACGAUGCGACCGCGACAUUAAUAUAUUUGACCGUCAUGUACUAUCACGCCGCCAGAGUUGAUUUGGCUCAAUACGCGGCCCUAGUCCUGGAAGAAAAUCAAUUCUACGCCAAAGACAUCUAUACCAACUGGAUUCAAGAUAUCAGCAAUGACCUGAGUGAGGCUAUUGCGGGGCUGACAAUAGUAAUGGAAUACUUCAGUGUUAAUAACGACGCCGAUAGUCUUCCAUUGAGUGUACUCGGAUAUGUCGGCAUGCCACUCGUUCUAGCGGCUAUAGAUCUCAAGCUAUCUCCCUCUCGCGAAGCAUUGAAACUGAGGCAAAAACGUCUGGAAUCGGUUGGUCUGAUCAUCCGUCAUUCUGAAACGCUUUAUGAUGUAACCGACUGUGUCGCGGUAGGAGCAAAUCAUAUCCUUCAUCUGGCCUAUAUCACUACACAAAAUCUCUUUUCGGGUGGAGAAAGCUCGCAGAGGCUAUGUAACAUUGCGAAGAUAAAGGAUCCAUCCCCUCACAACCUUUCCAGCCUCAUGUUCAAGUCCGCUCUGGCUCAACAACCACAGAGUUGGCAGGAGGCAUUUGUCCGCUGUCCAAGAGCAUACCUUUUGAUAUCGACGUCAAUGGACUACAGCUUAUCGCUUGGAAGGUUGCCAUCUGCCCAUGAUCUUCCUAGAGCUGUUCGUGAUCUUCCUGUCAUCGGUGCUAUCGCCAGGCUGCCUUGGACCGUCGAGCUCUGUCCAUCUAUAAGUGUGAAAACCUCUGUGGAUGAGAAAAACUCACCCAAUCAUUUCUCAGAGAUGAGGUCCAUUUCAGUCGAAGCAACACGUGCCUCGAAAGCCUCCCCCACGGUGGGUGAAUCAGAACCAGGACGAAAGCAAAAUAUCAUACACAACCACUGCAUCUUAUUUCAACGAGAUUCUCCGACUCGUGCGGCGAAUCUCCCAGAAAGCUACGUCGAGCUACCUACUCAAAGGGAAUCUCCUGAGAUGAACUUGGAUUACAUGGAGUUCGGAAAUCUUCCGAGUUUUUCAGGAGCCCCGGAUAAAGAUCAUUUCCCUAAAAUGGAAUUAUCGAGUCCCGAAUUGCAGCACGCAGGCGUCUUGAGCUGGUCAGGGGGGGGGGUUCAGGCUGCUAGCUACGAACUCAGCCCACAUCCGUCAAUUGGUGCUGUUGGGCUUUCGGUCUUUGACACAUUCUUCCAUGAAGCCUUUGAAGGAAAUUGGGCGUCUUGGUAG